AUGCCUUGCUGCUGCCACUUGACGCAGCAUCGAGACGCUGAGGAUCCUGGACAUGGUGAUUUUGGAGCUCUCGUGCCCUCGGGCGGUGGUCGCCGCAGCUGCGCCACACGGGCUUGCCGCCCGAGCGCGGGUGCUACAGUAGACGCUUACACGAGUGGACGAGACUGGGCCCUAGUGGCGGACUGUAACGGCAUUCCAGCCACUACAGUUACAUGUACAGCCCGCAAGAUUGUCGAGCGUGGGACACCGGACGUCAAGACCAGAGGUGGUGCGUGCACAGCGUGCACUACAGUAAGUGCACGCCUGAGAUGGAGGAGGCGCUACAUGUACAGUGUAGUGGAAACCAAUAUCCCCAAGUUGAUCGAUUGUCUUUAG